GUUUCUUCUUCUUCUUCUGUUCUCACUAACUCGAAGAUGCGUUUUCUUAAUCUAAUUCUGUUAGUCAUUACAGUUUCUUCCUGUUUUCUUAGUGAGGUAUGUAGCUCGUUGUUGAACACUUGUGAUAUAUCUCAAGGAAGUUGGGUUUAUGAUGAAUCAUAUCCUAUUUAUGAUUCUUCAAAAUGUCCGUUCGUUGGUGGAGGUUUCGAUUGUCAAGGUAAUGGCCGACCUGAUAAUUCUUAUCUCAAGUACAGAUGGAGCCCCAGUGGAUGCGAAAUACCCAGGUUUGAUGGGCAAGAUUUCUUAAAAAGAUACGAGGGGAAAACGAUCAUGUUCGUGGGGGAUUCACUGAGCCAUAAUCAAUGGAGGUCAUUCUCUUGUAUGCUUCAUGCUGCUGGGCCCAAUAUGAACUACACUGAAUCGGCCAAAAGAGGAGGAAUUUUCUACCUCAAUUUUACGGAUUACAAGGUUUCUCUAGUUUUUAUUCGUAACGUAUACCUCGUCGAUUUAGUUGUUGAAAACUCGGAACGAAUUCUCAAGAUUGAUACCAUAAGCAGCGGCGAUGCGUGGAAGAAUGCGGAUGUUGCCAUCUUUAACACUUGGCAUUGGUGGUUACACACCGGAAGAUUACAAAUGUGGGACAAAAUUCAGGAAGGAAACAUGACGUAUAAGGAUUUGGAUCGGGUGGUUGCUUUUGAAAAAGGAUUGACUACUUGGUCAAAGUGGGUUGACCAAAAUAUUAACCACCAAACUACUCAAGUCUAUUAUUUAGGAAUUUCUCCAGUUCAUUACAAUGGCACGGAAUGGGGUGCUCCAGGGAGGAGGACGACUUGUGCAGGCCAAACAGAACCAAUUGCUGGAUCAGUUUAUCCUGGAGGUCAAGUUUCUGGACAACCAGCAGUUCAAAGAGUUUUAAGUAAAAUGACUUCGCCGGUCUAUUUGUUAGACGUGACACUGUUAUCGCAAUUGAGAAAAGACGGUCAUCCUUCAAAGCAUACCAACAAAGAGCAUAAAGGGUUGGAUUGUAGCCAUUGGUGUAAUGCUGGUGUUCCUGAUACUUGGAAUCAUCUUCUUUAUGCAUCAACUGCUCUUCCAAAGCACUGCUAAAGAUAAAACAGUGGCCAUGAAGAUAAUCUAUCUUCUACUGUUGGUUAUUAGUAUCUGUUGGUUAUUCAUGUGAUUGUCAAUGAAAAUUGAACUUUCUUCAUUGUUUUUUUCAGACUGAAAAAUCUCUAAAACCCAACUCUCAUGAACAUUAAAGGUUGGAUCAUUAUAAACGCCUAAUGAGAUCGAGGUAGGGCGCCUGGGUCAUAAUAAGAUCCUCACAUGCAACCAACUUUCCUCAGAUCCAGCCUCCCAUAGUUUUUUUGGGUAUGCAUAUGCAUGCGUACGUCUUGUCAGCUUUGUGUAAUACAUUAAAGGUUGCCCUAAGCAGGCCAACGAAUGUGCAUGCCUAUCAUGACACCCCACUCUGGAUCUUUCCUUUGUGACAUUUGAAAUGGUCGGUCUACAUUUUCAUGGGAUUCCAUUAUUU